AUAGAUAUUAAAGAAAAAGAAAAAAAAAAAAAAAGCUAUUUCAAAACAAAACCCGAAAUACUAUACACCUAUACAAUGAUUAUGGAAUUUGUAUACAAAGCCAACAAGAUAUAACAAAUUCCAUAAUCAUUGUAUACAAGAAUCGAUAGACCCUUGUGUCAUCCACAGUUUACCAAUAAUGCCUUAUCUUGGGAUCAAACGUCAUCACUCGGCCUGGAAAUCCUGCAGCUCUUGCUAUGGUGAUACUUCUUGUGUAAAGACGUUAUCAUCAUCUUGCCCUCUAUCUUGUAAGAUACUAAACAACAUCACUCCUCUGUUUUCUUUUCUGAAAUGUUCUUAUGUUUUGUGUUCUCAUGUCACACAUGUUGGAAAAGGUCUGGUACGUGAUAAACAACCACUAUUUGUUUUCUACUCUGGUCGCAUCUACGUUAUCGAUAAAAAACCAAACUCGAGGGAACCAUCGACACGCGAAGUAGUGGACAAUGCAGAGGUUUUGGAGAAGAUGGGAUUGCCUUUACCCGCAUCAACCCCGGCCCAUUGCUUAGCCUCCGAAGACAUUCUUGUGUCUUGUCGUGGAGACGAGGAUGGAAACGCAAGAGUUAGUGAUUUUCUCUUACUUGAUUCAGAGUUUAACAUCAAAGGAAGACUGUUGAACGUUGAGAUUGCAAAAUCGCUUCCUCAGAAACCAUCUUCAUCCUCACUACCAAUGAGCUUGCAGCAGCUAGAGCUGCAGAGAGAUAAGUAGGAAACUGAGACCUGAUAUGGAAUUGGUAACGAACUAACGAUGAAGAAGAAGAAGCUGAUUAAAACUUCUAGGACAUAUGGCUUGUUCCUUUCUCUCUUUGAUAACAUUGUUUUUUUUUGAAAGCUGAGUCACCUCUCUUGUAGAGAAUAUUCAAAGCUUUAGUAUCUAG